AUGGCAAGCAGUCCGUCGCAUCGCCAAGCCCUCACACAUAAACCAAAGCCGGCCUCGCGCAGCCCCUGGAGCGCUGAGGAUUGGGCCCAAGCGUCCCGAGACGCCCAGAAGCCACAAGUGCCCAAGGUGCAACCGUUCGUUGUGGCUCACCAAGGCAUCACCAAGGAGAACUGGAAAUCGCAACCAGGCCUUGAUGCCUUAAAUUCCAGCUACAAGUCGCUCAACCCAAUUCAGACGACCCAGUUCAAGAACGUCGACGUGCUCGUCUUUACGCUCGAGCUUGGCGAGUGGCUGGAUUUGGACGACGAGGCAAGGGGCCCGAAUAACACUGUCGAGAGAGACGACGAGGAACACAUGAUUGAACUCGAGGACAAGCCGCGCAGCCUCGACGUCUACCGCUUCUCAGCCAUUGCUAAUCCAGUUAGCGGUGGUGUUGGUGGUGAUGCGGGCCCCCGGUCUGAUGCCACUGCCAGCAUCGCCUGA